AUGGCUGGGUGGACACGGCCUUAUCUACUGCAAAUCAAGAACAUUACAAUGUCAUUAUCAGAUAAGGAGCUUUACGAAUUGAACAAGAAGGCUGUGACUGAAGGUUUCAAAAUCAAACCUAGAAUCCAAUACAAUACUGUUGGAGGAGUCAAUGGUCCUUUAGUUAUCUUGGACAAUGUCAAGUUCCCGCGUUACAACGAGAUUGUCAACUUGACACUUCCAGAUGGGAGUGUUAGACAAGGACAAGUCUUGGAAGUGCGUGGUUCAAAAGCUAUUGUGCAAGUGUUUGAAGGUACUUCAGGUAUUGAUGUCAAGAAGACCAAGGUUGAGUUCACAGGAGAGAACUUGAAAAUUCCCGUUAGUGAAGAUAUGCUUGGACGUAUUUUUGAUGGUUCUGGUAGACCUAUUGAUAAAGGCCCCAAAAUUUUUGCUGAAGAAUAUUUGGAUAUCAACGGGUCACCAAUCAAUCCAUAUGCAAGAAUUUAUCCAGAAGAAAUGAUCAGUACUGGUAUUUCUGCCAUUGAUACAAUGAACUCGAUUGCACGUGGUCAAAAAAUUCCAAUUUUCUCGGCCUCUGGUUUGCCACACAAUGAAAUUGCUGCUCAAAUUUGUAGACAAGCAGGCUUGGUUCGUCCAACAAAGGAUGUUCACGAUGGUCAUGAGGAGAAUUUCUCUAUAGUGUUUGCUGCAAUGGGUGUGAACUUGGAGACUUCGAGGUUUUUCAAGCAAGAUUUCGAAGAGAAUGGUUCUUUGGAACGUACAAGUUUGUUUUUGAACUUGGCCAACGAUCCAACUAUUGAAAGAAUUAUUACACCACGUUUAGCGUUGACCACUGCUGAAUACUUGGCAUACCAAACCGAGAGACACGUGUUGACUAUUUUGACUGAUAUGUCUUCGUACGCCGAUGCAUUGAGAGAAGUGAGUGCGGCCAGAGAAGAAGUUCCUGGUAGAAGAGGAUACCCUGGUUAUAUGUAUACCGAUUUGUCAACAAUCUACGAAAGAGCUGGUAGAGUUGAAGGAAGAAACGGAUCCAUUACCCAAGUUCCUAUCUUGACUAUGCCUAACGAUGAUAUCACACAUCCAAUUCCGGAUUUGACAGGUUAUAUUACCGAGGGACAAAUCUUUGUUGAUAGACAAUUGCACAAUAGAGCAAUCUACCCACCUAUCAAUGUUUUGCCAUCCCUUUCUAGAUUGAUGAAGUCAGCUAUCGGUGAAGGUAUGACCAGAAAGGACCAUGGUGACGUCUCAAAUCAAUUGUAUGCCAAGUAUGCUAUUGGUAAAGAUGCCGCUGCUAUGAAGGCUGUUGUUGGUGAAGAGGCAUUGAGUACCGAAGAUAAAUUGUCGUUAGAGUUUUUGGACAAGUUUGAAAAGAAUUUCAUUAGUCAAGGUGCAUAUGAAAACAGAACAAUUUUUGAAUCCUUGGACCUUGCAUGGUCAUUGUUAAGAAUCUACCCAAGAGAAAUGUUGAAUAGAAUUAGUCCAAAGAUUUUGGAUGAGUUUUAUGGAAGGGACAGAACCCAAGAUGAUGAUGAUGAUGACGAAGAUGAAGAUGACGAAGAUGAAGGGGAUGAUGACGAUCGUAAGAAAAAAGACUUGAUUGAUGCUUGA